AGUAGCGAAACAAACUUGACGUUGAUGCCUUCAUUGUGUUUUUUGUUCAAUUUUCGCUUACUUUUAUGUUAGAAAACGAUUCUAAUCCAGUGAAAAGGCCGAGAAACAAUCCUUAUAUCAUAUCGAAGGUUAUCUAUGGUGCAGUGUCGUAUUAUGUUACAGCAAUAGCAAGAAGAAAAUUGCCUUCGUCUGUUUUCACGCCUGGUGCAUUUUUAGCUACUGUUGCUGGGAUAUCAUCUUUUAUUGGAUUUAGUGCUACUUUAUCAGCAGCUAAGAAAACAGAUCCUAAAUAUUUUAAUAAAGGAUUACAUGGUAGUAUUGAAUUGGCAGAUGCAGGUGCAAUGCUUGCUCUUAGAGCACUUGGUUGGGGUUCAUUGUAUGCCAUUGGUGGUACAACUUGCUUAUGUUAUGGUAUAUGGAAAUUGUCAGGUGCUAAAGAUCUCAAAGAUUUUAGAACAAAAAUGGGCAAUUUCCUACCUGUAUUACCAAAAAAUAAUCCACCACAGUCACGAACAGAAUUUAGUGGAUUGAAUGAUCUAUUGUUAUAUUUAUCAGAGGAUUAUGGAAAGAAGAAAGUUCAAGAUGACACAAAUAACUAGGGUCCAGCAUCACAGCUAGCUUUACAUGUGUAUAUGACUAACACACCCCAAUCUAUGCUGUUAUAUUCUACACCUACAUUUAGGAAGUUUAAUAAUUGAGGCAUUAUCUGAAAUAUUAAGAUA